UGUUUUGUGUGUUGGGACAUUUCCUUUGGUUUACCGCACGCAACUUGCAAGAGCCCCCAGCAGCACUCCUCUCCUGGGGAUUUCUCGGGAUAAGGGGAGGUGGAAGGUGGAAUGGAAGAGGCCGUUUUUGCCUUGAGUCGAGGGUGGCAGCGGUGGGCUUCUCUCUAGUCCGUAAAUCUCAAGCAACGACCUUUUUCCAUUCCGAGGGAAGCUGCUGUCACCGGCGAGGUAUACUUUGGCACAGACACGGCUGGCUUCCUCCAGACCUGAGCGCUUUUCAGGACGCGGCGCUGCGAGACGGCGGAAGGCUCCAGGGCGUUUGUUGAACUCGGGGAGCCGCUGGUGGGCGUGCCUCGUUCGCGCGCCGCCUCAGCUCCUAUCUCCUUCACCCGCCCCAGAAGGCUGCUGAGGCCGGGCAGGCGGUGCGGGCAAAGGGGAGGGGAGCGGAGCAGGGCGCAGCUUGGGCUGCAGCGCGGCUCGGCAACGGUUUUGAGACUCUGGCUGUGUGGGGAAGGGCGCAGAAAAGACGUGACGACCAUGCCUGGCAGCGACACCGCCCUGGCGGUGGACAGGACCUACUCGGACCCGGAAAGGCACCGGCGCUUCAAGACCCGGGCACUAGACUGGGAACAACAGCAAUUGAAGCCAGACUUCCCAGUAUGUGAAUUCUCUUUUACCACUAUUGGGCAGGAAACAAACCAUCAUGCAAAUAACAAGGUUGAAAGACAUGACAUGAAUACUCUCAGUUUGCCUCUCAAUAUUCGCCGGGGAGGUUCGGACACCAACCUCAACUUUGAUGUACCUGAUGGUGGGUUUGAGUUUCACAAAGUAAAACUCAAUGUUGACAGUUUAAAGCAAAAGAUUCUGAAAGUUACAGAGCAAAUCAAAAUAGAACAAACAGCUCGGGAUGGGAAUGUGGCAGAGUAUUUGAAGCUGGUGAACAGUGCAGACAAACAACAAGCUGGACGAAUUAAACAAGUCUUUGAAAAGAAGAACCAAAAGUCUGCUCAUUCCAUAGCCCAGCUGCAGAAGAAAUUGGAACAGUAUCACAAAAAGCUCAAGGAAAUAGAACAAAAUGGUUCCUCCAAAAGUACCAAGGAUACUUCCAAAGACAGCCUGAAGGAAAUCCAACACUCCUUAAAGGAUACCCAUGGGAAAUCUCGUACCACUGGCCAAAGCAAUGACAGCAGCAAAACAGGUGUUCCAGGUGUCUCCUUGACACCACCAGUGUUUGUUUUCAGUAAAUCCAGAGAGUUUGCAAACCUGAUCCGGAAUAAGUUUGGUAGUGCUGACAAUAUCGCUCACCUAAAGAGCAGCUUAGAUGACUUCAGGCCAGAAACUACUUCUAGGGCCUACGGUGGCAGUGCUACCAUUGUGGCCAAGCCAAAAUACACCAGUGAUGAUGAGUGCUCAAGUGCAACAUCUGGCUCUGCAGACAGUAAUGGAAACCAGUCCUUUGGCCAUGGUGGGACAAAUCCUCUAGACAGCCAUGGAAAGCUUUCUAUUCUCUUGGAGGAACUGCGGGAAAUAAAGGAAGCACAAUCCCAAUUAGCAGAUGACAUUGAAAAUUUGAAAGUACAGUUCAAAAGAGAGUAUGGUUUCAUUUCUCAAACACUGCAGGAGGAACGAUACAGGUAUGAGCGAUUAGAAGACCAGCUGAAUGAUCUAACAGACCUCCAUCAGCAUGAGACAGCCAACUUGAAACAAGAACUAGCUAGUAUUGAAGAAAAGGUGGCAUAUCAGGCCUAUGAAAGGUCACGAGAUGUUCAGGAAGCUUUGGAAUCUUGCCAAACACGGGUCUCUAAGCUGGAGCUCCACCAGCAAGAACAGCAAGCUCUGCAGUCAGAAACUGUUAAUGCCAAAGUCCUACUGGGGAAAUGUAUAAAUGUAGUCUUGGCCUUCAUGACCGUAAUCCUAGUGUGCGUCUCUACCAUAGCAAAGUUUAUAGCUCCUAUGAUGAGAAGCCGUUUCCAUAUUAUUUGCACCUUUUUUGCAGUAACUCUUCUUGCAAUUGUAUGCAAAAACUGGGAUCACAUUAUCUGUGCCAUAGAAAAGUUGAUCAUACCACGAUGAAUCCACAACUCCCAGAGCAUUUCUUUGUAAUAGAAGAUAUAUGUCUAAACAAACUACCAAAUCUUUAAUUUUUGCAGUUUAACUGUGCAGAGUAGAUGAAGACAUUUCUCCUUCUGGAUAUAAAUAUGUAAGAUUGAUAACUCCUGGCAGUGCUUUCACCUCAUCAGUCACCUUAUAUGGAAUGAGGUGAAUCUGUUAUGGACUAGUUACUUGUGUAAAUCUUUUUGCCUUAAUCUCAUUAACUUUUUCUACACCACAGACUUCCUAAAUGUUCAAGUAUUGAAUACAUAUUAACUAGAUUUGGGUUUAGGAGUAUAAUAGAAAUAAGAAACAACAAACCUAGUUGGGAGAUUGCAUUUUCAUAAAUUGUCAUUUGCAUCAUCCUACCACACAUAGUACUACUCUUUCUUUAUGAAGCAUAUGCAAGCAGUAAGCUGAGAUUUACAUACUUUGGGAAAAUGCUAGCCACAUUUUUUGUAUUCCCUAAUGAUUAAUAUUCAUAGGGUAGAAACUGUGAUGGAGUUUCUUACUUUUGUUGCAUACUAUUGACAUUGGCCCAAUAGUCAAGGAGUAUUCUUUCUUAACCUUUCCCAGAAUUUGUUUGCCUUACAAAUUAGUUAAUAUUAUAUUCCAUUUCGGUUUUGUUUCAUGAUCUUAAUAAAUUUAUGCAUGGCUCUCCGGGCCAUUGAAUAAAUAAGGAUCUGUUGAUCAUGUGGUUCUUCCUGUGGACCAAACAUGGGCAUUUAUAUCUUUUGGGAAAAUCUCACCUAAUGGGAAUUCCUUUUUUACAGAAAUGCAGUGAUAGGAGCAUCUCUUCACAUUAGAAGCUGUAAGGGAGGUGUUCGUUGUUUAGUGAUGAGUGUUGUUAUGAGCAAGUAUGGAUAAUAGAAUGCAGGAAGAAACAAAAUGGUCCAAACACUACAAUCUUUUUGGCUUUUGUUUUCAUUUUUCCUGUCCAAUUUUUAACUUUCAGUCAUUAAAAUGCAAGGUUUCAUUCUCUCCCUUUGCCCUUUUCUGCUCUCUAGUUCACUGCCCUCAUUCUGUCCUCCCUGCCAAAAUUGCUUGUCAAUUUCUCUGAUAAGUUGUUACUUUCUAUAGCAGGGCAGUAUUCUCAAAUCAAUAUGUUUCAGCCUACAACACCACAAUCACUGUGAAGGUUGUAUUGAAAUAAAGCUUCAUGUAAGAAAGUACUGGUAUAAGAUAUCUGAAUAAAUUUGGCUAGGAAGUGAAAAGGGGCGAGAGACAUUGGUGGGGUUUUUUUAUAUAUAAAAAAGGAUGAAAGGAUAUGUGCCAAUUUAAUUAUCAGCACUGGUUGCAGAAAAAAUGUUGUAACACCUCUCUUGUACUGUAAUGUGCUUGAAUCUUAAUGAAGCAUCCUGUUGCACAUCUCCCAUUAAUUUCAAUGGGAUUUACCCUAGAGAUGGAUGAAUCUGAGUUUCACAUUUUUUGAGUCUUAAGUUUAGUUUUCCACAUUUCUGCAUCAAUUUGCUAACUUUAUGUUAAAAUUCUCAAGACAAUUCACCAGCAUUUAAGUGUGCAUUUCUCCUAAUAUACAUUUUAUCUAAUGCAUUUUUGUAAAUUGUUUUCAGGAAUACAUGCAUUAUUAUGCACACUAUCCCCUCAUGUGACAUUUUUACAUAUUCUUUAGUUGAACUGCACUGCAAAAUUAAUGGUUAAUGAAUUAAUGAAUUUUGAAAGGUAUCUGCAUUUAAGUUUGCAUAUAUUGUUUGAAGAAGAGUAAAUUAAAUAGGUUCAUAUUAAAAUACAAACGGAACCAAAUUUUCCCCCCAUUGCUACCUCACACAGGAGAAAUUGUGCUCCAAGGGCACUUCCAGAUGCAGGGGUUCUGCCUAUAAAUGUAAUUGUGCAGAAGACUAGCACUAUGUUUUUACCAGCCUAGUUUAGUAAGAGCCCUGGCCACCAUAGAAUGAACAUGGCUAGUGUGUAGUUAGCAGUCCUGAGGCUAUGAACACCCUAAUUGCAUACCCCGCAGCAUUUCAGCUGUGAAAUCUCUUUGAAGCUGAAUUACAAAAAAAAAAAAACCCCACACACACUCCAGCAGCUCCGACCAGAUUUUACAGUAAAAAGGGGUGGGGUUUGACUAGUGUUGUGUGCCCCCGUUUUCAGAAAAGAGACGUGGUGUCAUACUGGAGCCGGCAGGAGGACAGUGAGUAUGUUUCUGUCCUGAGUGUUGGGAAAACAGCAGUGGCAGCACUUGCAAGAAUUUGUUUUGCUGAAUAGUGAAGACUUAGCAAAGGAUAUUCAGUUUUCUUGAGAAAAGCCCAGAAGAUUGGAAAGCCACCUUGAGGCUUGGCAUAAUUUCAGGAGCUAAUUUGCUAAUGAUGUAAGUACUGGUAAAGUUUGCACUUUAAAAAAUGGCUUAAAAUCAAUCAGUGCAAUUUUUUUAAAAAAGAAAUCCAGAACACAAUAGAAACAAUAAGCAUAUAUUAUGAAAACUUUAUCCAUUUAGCUAUUUAUUUAAACUGGUAAAACUCUUCAGAAUCUCUCCACAAUUGCCAGGCAUGAUAUUUAAGCUAAUCUAUCAUUAACGUAGGACUUCUUAUCCCAUACCCCUAUUUUUGCAUUAAAAUUCCUCAUGUGAGUGUGGGAAAGGGUGGAUAAUACUAGAACUCGUGGACAUUCAAAGAAGCUGAAUGUUGGAAGAUUCAGGACAGACAAAAGGAAGUACUUCUUUACUCAGCGCAUAGUUAAACUAUGGAAUUUGCUCCCACAAGAUGCAGUAAUGGCCACCAGCUUGGAUGGCUUUAAAAGAAGAUUAGACAAAUUCAUGGAGGACAGGGCUAUCAAUGGCUACUAGCCAUGAUGGCUGUGCUCUGCCACCCUAGUCAGAGGCAGCAUGUUUCUGAAAACCAGUUGCCGGAAGCCUCAGGAGGGGAGAGUGUUCUUGCACUCGGGUCCUGCUUGCGGGCUUCCCCCAGGCACCUGGUUGGCCACUGUGAGAACAGGAUGCUGGACUAGAUGGGCCACUGGCCUGAUCCAGCAGGCUCUUCUUAUGUUCUUAUGUACUAGUUCUAGCCCAUUUGUCAUCAGCCCCAUCAUCCUCAAUGACUUGGAGGGAUUAAUCUCGCAAGUGAAGAGUGCAAUCUACUCAUGUAAACUCCCUGCAUGAUUUGGAGGACUAUGAUGAGGGUUUCAAAAUCACACCUUCACCAAGUAGAGAAGACUCCUUAUUAUAGAAAUGUGCCUUCCCUACAUAUGGAAGCAAUGCCGGCUUUGGGAAUACAGCUUAGGGAGCAGGUCCAACAGACUUGUUCUCACUCUCCCCCUCACGCAAUUAUAAGUGUGGGACGGAAUACCCAAAUACGUUCAUAAACUGAAUAUUUUGCAUGGGAAGCAAAGGACACCAAAGUAUCUCAAAGGGAGGAAACUAAACUGGGUGCCUUAAAGCUACAUUUUACCCUCUAAAAAUUUCAAGCUAGUUGUUCAUUCCUUUUAAAUUCUUUUUCCCCCAAAAAAUUUUGGUCACAUUUGGCUAUUUUCUACAUGUGUUUCAUUAGCAGUUUAACUGCUACAAGUCCUCUUUAUCAUUAGUUGCAUCUUAAUGAUGUAUCUUGACCAUGGCUAAAUUGUUCUCAAAGUACUUUACUUGAACAACAAUUAUAUUUGCAAUGGUGUAUGUCAUGAUGUUUUAAGAUUAAUGUGCAAACUGAGUUUAAUUCCCCUCCCCCAGCUCAUCCAUGAUGUUUCUUCUGGGUAAAAGUAUUUUAUUUUUCUCUGGACUUAGCCCUGAGCUCACAUCCCUUCUGUUCGGGAGGAUUUCCCUUGUUUUGAUUACCAGUUCUUGUGACGCAUCUGCAGAACAUCUUGCUUUUCCUUUGGUUCAACAGUGCUUUUCCAUCUUUAUUCAUUUGAACAAAACUUGUAAGCAUUCACAACUGGGAUGUUCCAGACCGUGAGCCAGCAACUGUGCUCUAGAUUUAGAAAGCUUGCUGUGCAUACAUCUGUUUGCAUUGGCCAAUGUAUCCAUUUAAAAACUAUUUUUCUAAACUACUAAGGAUUCUCUUAUGAACUCUCUAAUUUUAACUACAGUUUAAUAACUUUUUUUUUAAGACAAGGAACCUCCCUCAGGUGCAGCAGUCAUUUUUUUGUUAAUAGAUGACCCAUUGCUGUAAAUGAGUAAUAUCUGGUUUACACUCUCCUAUUUUACAUGUACAGUAUACUGCAGGCUGACUUUUUGAUAUUAAAAGAUUUGGAUACUUUGUUUUACAAAAUAUGGGAUCCACAUGUUAGUACCUUUACUACUUUGAAGAAGAAACAAAAAUCAAACUUUAUACUGUUGCUUGUUUCUUACCAAUUUACGGUGCAAUCUUCUAAGUAAUUAUAUUCUAAAUCACCAUUCAUUUGGUGGAACUUACACAAGCCCUGUUGAAAUGAAUGGAACUUGUGCAAUGCUUGAAUCUAUACAGAAGACACCCUCUAGUGGGAAUUUUCUCCAUUUACAUAUUAAUGGGAGUAAUUCCAAAGUCUAUCCCAGCGGAUGGCAAAUGUUAUGAUAGAACUGUCUCUUUGUUUACUUGAAACAUAAUUUAGACUAGCAGGCACUUUCUCAUUUUCUGUUUCUGGUCCUACCCUAACCAAACAGCACCAGUACCAAACAGCAAAGUGAAACCCAAUAAUCAAAGACUCACUUUAUUUUAUAUUUUGAUGGCACCACAGCAUCCUCCAAACUGCAGAACAAGCAGCAUAUGCCAAGAAAUAAAAUCCUCCUGCUGGGAGGAAGGAUGGAAUAUAAAUCAAAUAAUAAAGAAAUAUAUUAUGAGGCCCAGAAGAAAUUAACUUUCAGUAUUUCUCUGAAUACAGUACCAGUAUUUCUGUGUCAGAUGUAGCUUGCUCGGUUGAUAUUGCAGUUAUGUAAUACAAAGAACAAGUUCACCUAAAACCUAAAUAAUAAAGCAGCAGAAGUUAGCAGUGCUGAGCAGCGUUCAGGUUUGUAUGCAACAAAACUAUCACUGUAAAUUAACUAAAUGUAUAAUAAUUGUCUUGCCUGGAUUGUACAGACAUAAAAUCACAGCACUUAUCUGAGAUUGCACAGACUUGGUCCAAGGAUUAAAUGUUGUUGUUAUUAUAUGCCUUCAAGUUGAUUAUGACUUAUGGCGACCCUAUGAGUCAGCAACCUCCAAUAGCAUCCGUUAUAAACCACCCUGUUCAGAUCUUGUAAGUUCAGGUCUGUGGUUUCCUUUAUGGAAUCAAUUCAUCUCUUGUUUGGCCUUGCUCUUUUUCUAAUCCCUUCUGUUUUUCCCAGCAUUAUUGUCUUUUCUAGUGAAUCAUGUCUUCUCAUUAUGUGUCCUACGUAUGAUAACCUCAGUUUCAUAAUUUUAUAGUUCUGGUUUAAUUUGUUCUAACACCCAAUUAUUUGUCUUUUCCGCAGUCCAUGGUAUCUGCAAAUCUCUCCCCCAACACCACAUUUCAAAUGAGUUUAUUUUUCUCUCAUCCACUUUUUUCACUGCCCAACUUUCACAUCCAUACAUAGAGAUCAGGAAUACCAUGGUCUGAAUGUUCCUGACUUUAGUGUUCAGUGAUACAUCUUUGCAUUUGAGGAUCUUUUCUAGUUCUCGCAUAGCUGCCCUCCCCAAUCCUAGCCUUCUUCUGAUUUCUUGACUAUUGGCUCCAUUUUGAUUAAUGACUAUGCCGAGGUACAAGAUCAAUGUCCUCAUUGUCAACUGUAAAGUUACAUAAAUCUUCUGUUAUUAUUUUAGUCUUCUUGACGUUCAGCUGUAGUCCUGCUUUUGUGUUUUCGUCUUUAACAUUCAUCAGCAUUCAUUUCAAAUCAUUACUGGUUUCUGCUAGUAGUAUGGUAUCGUCUGCCUAUCUUAAAUUAUUGAUAUUUCUCCCUCCAAUUUUCACAUCUCCUUCAUCUUGGUCCAAUGCUGCUUUCCAUCUGCGUACAGAUUAAACAAAUAGGGUGAUAAAAUACACCCCUAUCUCACACCCUUUCCAAUUGGGAACCAAUCAGUUUCUCCAUAUUAUGUCCUUACAGUAGCCUCUUGUUGAGAGUAUGGGUUACAGGACAAUCAGAUGCUGUGACACCCUCAUUUCUUUUACAGCAUAGUUUUUCAUGAUCUACAGCAGCCUUUCCCAACCAGUGUGCCUCCAGAUGUUGUUGGACCACAACUCCCAUCAGCCUGAGCCAGCA